CAGAAACAACCUCCAUGCAUCUCCCCUGUCACGUGCCUAUAUAGAAUUGUGUAAAGAAUGACCCUACUUGCAUCCUUCACCAGCUAGGUGCCUGGCACAAGAAGUUAACAGAAACGGCGAGGGAGAAAGAGCAUUAGAAGAUCGGACUUGUCAAAAUGCACACCUAAAACAAUGCACAUAGCAGCCCAAAAUUCAAGUCAACAGCUCAUGUGGGGUAAAGUUGAUGUCGAGACAGAUGGAGUCAACACACUGUUAGAAAGUGAGAAAUUGUCUGGCUUUAUCUCCGAAGCUUUUUGAUCUUGUACUUUGACCUGGCCGCCUCCUUGCAGAGAUUUCAGCUUUCACACCAGGAGCCAGCGUUAGCACAGCAGCAGCAUUCAGUGCCUGGGAUUCACAAUGGCCAGGCACUCGGCUCUCUGUACCGCCACUCUGAUUGCCUUUCUCUCAGUCCCAUGCCUUGCAAACCGAAAACUGCUGGUUUUCCUCAUCGAUGGCUUCCGCUAUGAUUACAUCAACGAAAACGAACUGCAGAACUUGCCGGGUCUGAGGGAAAUCGUGCAAUCGGGCGUCAAAGCGGAUUACCUGACACCGGAGUUCCCCAGCCUCUCCUUCCCCAAUUAUUACUCCCUGAUGACCGGACACUAUUGCAAUGUGCACCAGAUGAUCGGAAAUUAUAUGUGGGAUGAGAAAUCAAACAAGUCAUUUCUAAUUGGAGAGAAUGAGGAUAGUCGGCUCCCAAUGUGGUGGGAAGCAUCAGAGCCAAUCUGGGUUACCAUGAUGAAGAAUAAGCGACAAGUUUAUAUGUAUUACUGGCCAGGUUGUGAAGUUGAGAUUCAGAGCACCAAGCCUACGUACUGUCGGGAAUACUAUUAUUAUCCAUCAGACAAAAAUUUUUCGACUGCUGUUUCAGAUGCCAUUGAUGUUUUGUGGCAGGGGAAAGCAGACAUGGCCGCAGUGUACUAUGAGCGCAAUGAUGUUGAAGGUCAUCAUUUUGGUCCUUGGUCAGAGCAGAGGAAGGAAGCCACCAAAAGUUUGGAUGAAACUUUAAGAAGCAUGAAUAUGAAAAUUAAGGAACUGGGUCUCCAGAAUGAAUUGAAUGUUAUUCUGUUUUCGGACCAUGGAAUGACCGACAUUUUCUGGACCGAGAAGGUCAUUGAACUUGAUAAGUACAUAAAGAUGUCAGAUGUACUGAACAUGAUGGAUCGAGGGCCUAUAGUCAGUUUGUGGCCUCAAGAAGGAAAACUGAAUGAGCUGUAUAGCAACCUUAAGAAAGUUAAAGAGAUGAACGUGUACAAGAAAGAUGAAAUUCCAGAUAAAUAUCAUUAUAAAGGUGGCAAAUUUGUAGCACCACUUACUCUGCUCGCUCAAGAAGGAUGGUUUAUCUCUGAGAAUAUACAGAAGUUGCCUUAUUGGGCCAAUGGAACAGAUGGCAAGAAGGGUUGGCAGCAUGGAUGGCAUGGCUAUGACAAUGAUUUGAUGGAUAUGAAAGGAUUCUUUCUGGCCUAUGGACCAGAUUUCAGAUCAAAUUACAAGGCACCUCCAAUAAGAGUGGUUGAUGUAUACAACAUCAUGUGUCAUGUUGCUGGAAUAAAUCCAUUGCCAAACAAUGGUACAUGGUCCCGAGUGAAAUUGAUGCUGAAUAACGGUGUGAAUUUGUCUUGCACUGCAAAAGUUAGUGUAACUGUGUUGACACUAAUGUUGGGCUGGGUCUUUUUCUGAUUUGAUUUCACUUAAUUUUUUAAAACAUUUGAAUUGAACUCUGUGAUUUUUACUAAGAUUGUUCUAAUUAAUUGUCUUUGGAUAUUCAAAUAAUGUUUAAUCAUACUGUCAAAGCGUUGGACCCUAAUAGCUUCCUACUGAAUGCUGUAAAGUGAUCCUUUUUUGAGUAAAAUGUCAAUGUUUUAUAGUCUAUAAUGCACAACUAGUUGAACACCUCCCAUGCAUACUCAGAAGUAACAAUCCUACCAUCAUCCUGACUCUAACACUUUGUACAUCCCCUCCUCACUUUGGCAGGAGUGCAUUCAGCCAUCUUGGCCCCAUGCUGUGAAGUUUCUUCAUACAUCCUAAUGCUUCAUUCCCUCCCUCUCCUCCUCAGAAAUCCUCAUUGAUUAACAGCUCUUUUAACAAGCUCUCGCUCAGACUUCAUGAUUUCUUCUUUAACUUUAUUUAAUCUUUGUCUGAUGAUGUUCCUGUGAUAUUUUUCUUAAAAAAUGAAAGUUGUUGAUCUGAUGCAAGUUGUGUUGCUAAAGAGUUGAUGUCCUUCCCGGACAUGAUAGUUCCUAAGAUAGCUCAUUCAGAACAGUCCAGAUGACAGCAUCAAGUGGAAAUUUAAUGAGUUCCAAUAUUAUGGUAGCACCAGAACACUGUUCUUCUUGCAAGAUCGAGGAGACAUUUGGUUGGACUUUACUUCUUCCUUUAUUUGAUAGAAUGCUAUUUAGCAAGAGAUUCAGAAACUACAUCAUGAUCCUUUACUCAAACUACAUUUCACAAUGCAGUCUAAUUAUUGUGGGGGAGCUCCUUAAGGGUAGAUAACGUCCUAUUGGUAUUAUUGCGAGACUAUUAAUCCACAGAUUUAGAUAACAUUCUGGGGACCUGGGUUUGAAACCGGCCAUGGCAGAUGGUGGAAUUUGAAUUCAAUAAUAAUCUAGAAAUAAGAGUCUAAUGGUUAACAUGAAACCAUUUCCGAUUAUUAGGAGAAAGCUCAUCUGGCGAACUAAUAUCCUUUAGGGAUGGAAACUGCCAUCCUUAACUGGCCUGGCCUACAUGUGACUCCAGACAACUGCAAAGUG